AUGGGGGAUUUGAUCUUGGAUCCCUACAUGGAGGACGCGAUCUUGGAUCAUUCCUGCCUCGCCGAACUUCUUGCUGAUCAAACAGCUCUCCCAUUGUUCCAUCCUUACUCCGGCGGCGCCACUCCGCAGAUGGUGGAUACCGACACCUUCCUCCGCGCCAUCGGCGCACUGCCUCCGCUUGCACCGCCACCGGCAGCUCCGCUCGCACCGGCGCCACCGGACUCGCCCCGUACCCCUCACACCUACGGCAGCCUCCUCCCUGUCUACGGUGAUCUUCCACCGCUCUCUGGCGCCGUCCUCCAGGAGCCCUUGCCGCUGCCAGAAGGCAGCGAUCACCCGGUGUCACCCAAGAAGACGAUCGAGGUCGCAUCGCUGCUGCAAGAGCGCGCCGAUCAGCCGGUGGUCACCAGCAACUCAGCGACGACGACACGUCCGCAGCUGUGCGCGCCCUACGACGACGACAUCGAGGCCACCCUCCGUGCCAUGGAGACGAACCCCGUGGAGCGGCCCUCCCCGUACUUCUUGGAGACGACACAAGGUGGGCGGAUGACCGCACUGGUGCGCGCCUCGAUGAUCGCCUUCAUGGACGAGUUCAGCCGGUUGCACGAGCUCGCCGACGGCACGCUCCAGCGCGCCGCCUACUUCCUGGACCGCUACAGCUCCGCCUCGUCGCAGCAACGACCGUGUUCCUGGCGGCCAAGUACGAGGACCAGUACACCCUGA